AUGGCUCUGAAGCGGAUUCAAAAGGAGCUCUGCGGUCUCGCUCGUGAUCCACCAACCCAUUGCUCUGCCGGACCCAUGGGUAAUGACUUGUUCUUCUGGCAGGGGACCAUAAUGGGUCCCAAUGAUAGCCCCUACCAGGGAGGCGUUUUUUCCUUAAAUAUCCAGUUUCCUUCGGAUUAUCCAUUUACACCACCCAAGAUAACAUUUACCACCCGAAUUUUUCACCCAAGUAUCAGUCGAAAUGGAAACAUCUGUCUAGAUCUCAGGAAGCAGUGGUCACCAGCGUUCACAAUUUGCAACGUACUGUUAUCCAUCUUUUCCAUGUUGUGUGAUCCCAAUCCUGACGAUUCUUUAGUUCCUGAAAUCGCCAAGCUCUACCUCAGGAAUAGGGGAGACUAUGACCGAAUCGCUAGAAAAUGGACGAAGAAGUACGCCAUGUGA